AUGGGAAUAUCGGUGGCUCACCGGUUUACUGACUCAAUGCGCCAUAAGCUUGCCUCUACCCUGCAAGGUGAUGCAGUUGGACGAACUUCCUGCAGAGCUGUAUACUGCAAUCGUCAGUCACUUACCAGUAGACUCGCUCCAGCAAGAUAUCCUUGCCCUGACAAGAGCGAUACCCAGAUCCCCGGUGCCUAUCCAGCAUCUAUUCGAGCACAUACGCCUCAAGCAUGCGCAGCAAAUUAUACAAUUAUACAGUCGUCUUCGCAAUAUUAAUGCCACUGCCGAGAGAAACUGGGUCAAGAACUUUGGGGUCGUAACCUGGACUGUCGAUGCCGAUGUCCUCGUUAAUCUACUGGGGAUCCUCCCUCGUAUAUCUUCUCUCCUUCUCUUCGUGGGACCCAAUUUUGCUCCAGAGCAUGUUGAGGAAAUAUUUCAUAAACCAAGACAAGACCUGCGCUUUCUCUCCUUACGUUUCCGUCCUUACGUGAAUCGGGCCACGUAUUAUCAAUUUCUCAAGGGAGCUUAUUUCGACACCACCCUGACUGCACUUUCCCGUUGGCCUCCCUACGAGUUACCAGCGUUAUCUAUCAUCCAGGAUCCUCUCGACCCUGCGAUAUCAAGUGCCCAGCAUUUUGCACAGCCCCUUGUCUUCUUUCGACUCGAUCCAAUAUCUGUCUUAUUGUGCUCACCGUAUAUCAGCUCAUUGAAGUACCUGCGUCUCCGCAUACCAUCUCGUCAAGUGUGCCGUUUCAUCAGCAGCAUCCCGUCCUCCGUCCCUGCUUUGUGUCUUCUUGACCUGUCCACAUGUAAUGUCCUCGUCUCGGAUAUGGAGGCAAUACUCGUUCGAUUUCAUGAUCUGCGGCAUUUGAUCCUUGAUGGAUGCAGUGUUGCGCGGGACCAAGGGGAAUGGAUUAAUAUUGGAAGGAUAUGUGCACAUGCGACCGUCAAACGAGCAAAAGCACGGGAAAAAGAGCUCAAAACUUGGUUAGAACGGAACGCAGCCACUAUCCGUACACCAGCAGGCAUGCCAGAGCCAGCAGCAAGACGUGUAAGACCAGGUCGUCGUGGUCUUGCAACAGCGACCAUCUCAUUUAGAGAAGCACCUACUGCAUCAGAGCCGGAGAUAAUCCAUGUACCCGCUGGAAUAGUUAUUCCAAAGGUACGCGUCGUUCCAUCGUCACCGACGCUGCUCUCCCUGUCUAUGUCAUCUUCCUUCAUCUCCAACGUUCAACAUCAGACCAUCCGCGAGGACUUCGAAAAGGGCUGGAAUGAAGGUCUGGGUCAGCUUGCAGCUGUAAAAUCCAGGCUUUAUCAAUCUUGGAAGAAUGGCGUAAAGAUGAUGUGCAUUACUGCAGACGCUGGCGGGGACGGAUAUGAUGGUCUGGAAGCUAUAGGGGUCGAGAACGCAUUCCACUCUGAGCGUGAUGCAAGCGCGAGUCUGGCCCCACCUAUAUUAUGCCUUGCAGGUCCAGGAACUUCAGGGAAGCAUGCGGAGGGUUGCAGUCAUAACAUUGCUUGGAAUGUCUGGAAUGAUAAGAUAUAGACACCGUGGACAUACCAUUC